AUGGACCCUCCCGACUAUAGUAGGUGCGUGCUGAGAAUCCCUCAACCCACCUCCAUACCAGAAACGAACAGCGCUGACCCGACCGAGCGUCUUCCCAACUACAGCAUCAUCCACUCGCCUUCAUUUACCUUCCUUGUCGGCCCGCGACACACCAAGCUAACGAUCCAAUCGGCGUUAGCCCAACAUGUCUCAAAACCACUGCAUAAUCUCAUGAACAAUGGGCAUACCCGGGAAUCCAGACACCGAAUAGCCGUCCUGGAGGAAGAGGAUGUUGAGACCUUUGUCGCUUUCUGUGAAUAUGCUUAUACGGGGGACUACAAGGUACCACAGGCGCCGGUGCCUCGAGAGCAUCGCGUCAGUGUUGCCGAGAGCGUGCAUAGUCCCGUUAACACUUGGAGAGGCACGUAUCGCUCCAGCUCGAUGUCGUCGGCUGUUCCGCCGCCUGCUCCAUCGCCGCCGCCUGAGUUUGUUGACAAUGGCCAGUCCAAGGCUGAGACUGAAAGCAUACCUCAACCUCAACCUAAACCUGAACCUGAACCAGAGACUUCGUCGGUGAUUGGAGAAGACCCUGCUGCGGAGGCUGCAGCAGAGGCCACUACGGGGGCUGAAGCAGAAGCCGGAGCAGAUGCUGAGACUGGGGUGGUGGAGGAAGACAAGGCCCCUGUGGAAUCGGUAGAGGAACCGGCGGAAAAGAAAGAUGAUCAACCCGAUGAGACUCAGGAGGCUGAGGCUGAGGCUGGCUUGUCUCCUCUCCCAGAAGCGGAUGAACAGGCAGAACCCGAGCCUGCAAAUGACGCCGACGACUGGGCAUCCUGGCCUACGGAAGACAAAAUGCCAAAGGAUAACAGUGAAUCCAAGGGCAAGAAAGGAAAGAGGAAAGACAAAAAGAAAAAGAAGAAUCAACUCGCAGCGGAGGAAGAUGUACCCGCAAACCUGACGCCGCCCACCACACCUCCGACAAAUCCAGUGGAGAUGCAUGAGUUGUCACUCGACAAUGCAACAGAGGAUCCCGCCGAGCCCGUUGAUCCUAUCGAGUCCAUCAAACCCGAGUCUGUUGCCGAACAGCCAGCCGAAAUUACAUCACCAGAGGAGGGGCCUGCAGAAACUUCUCCUGCAGAUGCUCCUGCUGCAGAGCCGGAGCAUGCAGAGCUCGAGCCUCCUGCAGAACAAGAUCUAGAACCGAUGCCCGAGACUGCAACACAGUCUGUAACACCCCCUCAGGAAGAGUGGGAAGCAUCCAAUGGCGAUGAGCAACAGGCCAACGAGAGCUGGGCCGAGCCUGGAGAUGGAGAUCAAGACCAGCCCGCUACCAAUGAGCCAAUUGAUCCGCCAAAGCCAGUGAUCGAUAUGUCCUUCGCCAAGCAGCCGGACGCAUCACCUCGGACACCGGGCAUGAGCCUAUGGGACGAAUUCGCAACAUUGCGAUACAACGACGAGCACCAAGUCACACCUACCACCCUGAACAUGAACGUGAACGACAGUCCAACUGACCUCCCAUACCUAACCUUCCACGCAAAAGUCUACGUCUUCGCCACGCGCUACCUCAUCCCCGCCUGA